AACAAAAGAAAUGGGUUGCGUUCAAGGAAAGAACUCAAUGGAAUCACCACCUAGGGGCUUAGAGAAGCUCAAAGUGGAAAAUGGGUAUACUGGAAAAGGAGCAUUUGCGGGUCAUAGAAGGUCAACUGGUCAGAGGUAUUCUGAUCCGCAACUACCAAAGAAGGCUAAUGGAUUUGGUAGCGCUGAUGUUGUUGUUGUUGCCGGUAAAGAGAAAGAGAGAAGCAAUGAAGCUGUUCGGAAGAGAAAUGCUUUUGAUGUUGGAGAUGAAAUGGUUGAUGGAUGGCCUAAAUGGCUAAUCGAUAAUAUCCCCAAAGAGGUGUUGUCUGGCUUGGUUCCAAAGAGUGCCGAAUCUUAUGAUAAGCUUGAUAAGAUAGGCCAGGGUACCUACAGCAAUGUGUAUAAGGCUCGAGAUAAGGAAACUGGAAAGAUAGUUGCCUUGAAGAAGGUCCGUUUCGACACAUCAGAACCCGAGAGUGUGAAAUUUAUGGCACGAGAAAUAAUGAUAUUACAGAAGUUGGAUCAUCCCAAUGUAGUGAAGCUUGAGGGAUUGGCAACAUCAAGAUUGCAAUAUAGUCUUUAUCUAGUUUUCGAGUUCAUGCAGUCCGAUCUGACAAGAGUUAUGUCUCAGGAGGGUAGGCUUACAGAACCGCAGAUAAAAUGUUACAUGCAUCAACUGCUUUCGGGUCUGAAGCAUUGCCAUGAGAGCGGAAUUUUACAUCGUGACAUUAAAGGAUCAAAUUUACUAAUCGAUAGACAUGGGAUGCUAAAGAUUGCUGACUUUGGACUUGCAAAUUAUUUUUCUCCGAACCAGAAGUAUCCUCUCACGAGCCGUGUUGUAACACUGUGGUAUAGAGCCCCUGAGCUGUUGCUAGGUUCAACAGAUUAUGGAGUUGGAAUUGAUCUUUGGAGUGCUGGAUGCCUCUUGGCAGAGAUGUUUGCAGGGAGGCCAAUCAUGCCGGGUAGAACUGAGGUUGAGCAGCUUCAUAGGAUUUUCAAGUUGUGUGGUACACCAUCAGAGGCAUAUUGGAAAAGGUUGAGGCUGUCCACAACUUUCAGACCUCCGCAAUCAUACAAACCUAGUCUGGUAGACGCUUUCCGGAACUUUCCCGAGUCUUCCUUGGGUCUUUUGAGCACUCUUCUUGCUUUAGAUCCUGCAUACCGUGGUUGUGCUUCUUCAGCCCUGCAAAAUAAAUUCUUUUACACAAGUCCGUUACCGUGUGACCUUUCAGGUCUUCCUGUUGUUUAUAACACCGAUGUCGAAGCAAAUGAACAGAGAAAGUACAGAAAUACAAAAAUAAAACGACGACCUCGAAUGCUUCGUGAACAUAAGAAACAGGAUGAGGAGGCUGAAGAAAAGCAAGUAAGCAACGUUCGUAGGGAGGACACUCAGAAGAUGACCGAGCCAAAUGUGCAAGUUCAAGAGCCUGCUAGCAGCACCACAAGUACCUUGUCCAGUUCGAAGGCGACCCAGGUCGAGAGCCCUUAUCCAUUUGCUUCAUCUGGGAUAAAGACAUCCCCAAGUACAUAUGCUCCUUAUGGUGCUGUUAGGAACAUCAGAAACCGGCCCCCAUUACCCAAAUCACAAACACGACCCAAAAACUAUCAGAAGAACAAUGAUAACUCUUACAGGUUGAAUCAAGUCGGUAGGUCUGCAUCCACCAGGGAAUUCGGUACUUUCAAUCAAAAGAAGCAAUUACAAUAUGCUAUUGAUGAUUAG